GAGAAGAAGAAGCGUCGCGUGCAGAGCAGAGGGAUGAAGUUCCCCGUGGAUCUGCUGGCUGGUGUCAGCCAUGCAGAGCUGGAACGGCCGGCCCAGAACUACCUGAACAACCUCCUUUACAGCAACCCUGAUUCAGCUGAACGCCUCACCCUGUCCGACUCCUCACAGGUCUCCAUAAACAUUUCCAGUGUGGGUUUCGUUCCUCUGUAUGGAUCCAGCGACAAACAGAAGGUCCUGGCCCUCUUCCCUCCCUCCGACCCCAUGACCGCCGUGGCUCUGUUUUUGCUGGACCGAUGGUGGACGGUGGACGAGCUCCUGAAGACAGCAGACCCCGUUCGAGACGGAGCCAUGGAGGUGGAGACGGUCGGAGAGAGGAUCGUUCUAUACAUCCUCAACCGAGUGGUCUACAGAGCCAAAGAGAUGAGCCCAGAGGAGCUCCCCUUCCUCUGCCACGGAGAGACGGACCACGCUAAGAUCCUCUGGAACAACGGACAGGCUGUCGGCUUCUACUCGGUCAAACCCGCAGGCAGCUUGUGUAACUCCUUCACCACCAGAAGCUACCUGCUCCCCGUGAUGGACUCCAUAUUUGUUAGGAAGAGUCAGCGUGGGAAAGGCUUCGGUCUGCAGAUGCUGGAGGACUUUGUGCUCAGUUACAAAGAGGACUAUCUGGGGUUGAGAUACCCCCUCACCAAGGCCAUGUAUAGAGUGUGCCAGAAGUACCUUCGUCAGUACCCGGAGGACACAGACCUGCUGUGGGAGGCGGAGAGCAUCGGAGGCCCCACGCAGAGGACCAACAUCGCCAACAAGCUCCAGAACAUGGAUCUGAGUGCAGUGUCAAAGACUCUGACCUACACAGAGGAGUCCAUCGUGAUCACUGAGGUCACUCAGACAGAUGUCGUGAUGGAGGCGAUCACCACGCAGAUCAAAGAAACUGAAUCCAUGGAGUGUACCGUGGAAAUCGUGGAGGAGAUGACGGUGCUCAAAGGAAGCAAAGUUUUAGAUGAUGAGAUCCCGGUUGUGGUGCGGGGUCGGAGCAGUGGAUCCAAACAAAGAAAGAUGGCUGGACGGAUCUCAGAGGAGAGAUCAGAGAGAGUCAUCAGGAUCGAGGACAUUGAAGCAGAAACCCCCAGAGAGGAGCAGCAGGAGACUGAGGUGCAGAACAUCUCUGACCUGGUGCAGACUGAGGAUGAAGUCGGGUUGAGUCUUGAAGAGAAAGGGGAGGAUGCAGUUGAUACCGCAGCUCAAGAAGAAGAAGAAGAGGAGGAGGAGGAGGAGGAGGAGGAGGACAAACCAGCCGCACAGGACGAUGUGACCUCAGCUCCGAUAACGGAGGAGCCUGAAGCCGAGGCUGAAGGCACGGAGGAGCUGAUCGUGGAGAACGUGGCGUCAGAGAUCGAAGAAGCUGAGGAAGAGUCCGAGGAAGCUGCAGUGGUCAUCGUCUCUGAGGAAGUUUUGAAGGAGCAGGAGGAAGAGGACACACCGACUGAGGAGACAGAAGACACAGACACACAACACGAGGCGGUCAUAACAGAGAACGGAGACGCUCCAAAGACGAGAAGGACAUACGUGAAGGCCAAAGAAAGAGAACAGAGUACUCCCAGGAGGAUCUCUCAGCGGCACAGGAAACCAGAGCUGAGGGAACCACCAGUCACGCCCGGGGCCAGAGUCCUGAGAGGAAGGACUGUGAUGAGCCCCACUCCCCCCAAAUCCAAACGCCACAGCCAGAGACUGCACAGAGAGGAGACCAGGGUUGAGGACGUCUCUGCAACUGAACCAGAGUCCGCUGAGACCGACGCAGGAGAACCGGAGGAAAUCACCGCCAUGAAGGAGGACGCUGUGGAAGACCAGCAGCCGACAAACGAAGAGGAGGCGGAGAAACAAGAGGAGUCUGGGGUGGAGGAGCCUCCUGUGGUACCAACAAGAGGGAGAGGAAGACCGAGACGCAGCGAUAAACCCACACCCAAGAGACAAAGCAGAAGACUUCAGAAACCAGAGGAAGAGCAAGAAGAGGAGGCAGGAGAAAAAGAAGUAGAGGAACAAGAGGAGGACAAGACAGAGGAGAAGACUCCAACGGAGGAGGAAGGAGACACUCUUCCAAAGGCAGAGGACACUCUACCCUCCACUGAGGAUAAAGGGGAGGAGCCUGACAGCGACGCUUCGUCUUCUGAAACCCUUGUUCCCACUGAAGCCCCUGCACCUGAAGAGCCUCAGGAGACGGACUCGGAAACCCCACAGCUCCAGAGAGAUCUGAAAGCAACCUGCGAUCAUCUUCCAGCUGAUGGAGAACCUGCUGCUGAGGAGCCGGAAGAGGUGGAGCCAGAAGAGGUGGAGCUGAAAGCAGCGGAAGAGGAGCCGGCGCCUGUUGUUGAAGCAGAGGAGGAAGAAGGGGAGAAGGAAACAGGCACUGAGGAAACCGUUGAUGCUCCUGCAGAGUCGGAGGCGGUCCAGGAGGAAGAGCUUCAGAAAGACGAGUCUGAGAGAGAGAAGGAGACAUCUGAAGACCUGACGGAGGAAAAGGGGGAAGCAGAGGAAGCUCCUGUUGUUGUGACAAGAGUUUUGAGGAGUGGAAGAAAGACAAUUCAAGAAAGCAGCAAAUCUACGAGUGAGAGCACCAAACAGGAAGAGGAAGAGGAGGAGGCUGUGACUGAAGAGGAGGCAGGUGAAGCAGGAACAGGUGGAGAGGUGGAGGCAUCAGCAGAGGAUGCUGUAACAGAGGCAGCCACUGUGGAGGAGACGACACCUGCAGAAGAAGAAGAGGCCGCCGUUCCUGCUGUGGACGAUGACAAAGAGACGCCAGCUGAGGCAGACGAGGCUACGAGCUUGGACGAGGAAGAAGCACCGGUUGUUGAAAGCAGUGCUCUGAGAAGUGGAACAAAGACUUCACCAAAAACAAAGGGAAGGAAGCAAGAAGAGGAAGAACCAGAGGCGGAGAACGUUGAAGAGGAAGAGCCAGCCGUUACCACGAGAACGCUGAGACGAGGGAGGAAAUCUGCCGCCGCAACACCCAGAGCCACGACCAGAAAAACACGCAAACAAGUCCAGGAGGAGGAAGAGGCAGCUGUGGAGAAGACUGGAGAGGAGGAGGAGGAGGGAGGAAAGGUGGAGGAGCCUGAAGCUGUGGCAGAGGAGGGAGAGGGUGCAGUGGAAGAGAAAACUGAAGCAGUACCUGAGACAUCUGAAGAGGCGGAGGAGCAGGACGAAACAGCAGCUGCAGAAGAAGAAGAAGAAGCUCCUGCUGCUGAAGGAGGAGAGGAACCCACAGAAGAACCCAUGGUGGAGGACAGCACCUCCUCUCCUGCUGCACCAGAACCAGCUCAGGAAGAGAAGGUGACGGAGGAGAAGGAAGUAGAUGCAGGCACAACAGUGGAGGAUGCCGCUAAAGAGGAUGCUGAGGAGGAUGCCGAAGUUGUUGCCGAAGAGGAGGAAGUGGAGGAGGAGGUAGUCCUUCAAACCAGAGGACGCAGAGGCAGGAAGCCAAAAGCCAAAGCUACACCCAGACGCAAAUCAGCUGGGAGACCUAAAAAAGGUGAAGAGGAAGAGGAGGAAGCUUCAGAACAUGAUGAAGAAGAGGUUCAAGUCCGAGUUCUGAGGGGAGGAAGAAAGUCCUGCCCCGUACAGAGAGGAUCCCCGAAGAAGACACCCAAGAAGCGCCAGGAAGAGGAAGAGGAGGAAGAGAAGGGAGGAGAGGAUGCUACUGCAGAAGAAGAGAGAGAGGCUGAGGAGAAAGAGGAGCCAGCUAAAGAGGAGGAAACCCAACAAGCAGAACCAGAACCAGAACAAGAGAAAGAGGAACCAGUCACACAAGAGGACGCUCCAGAGGAGGAGGAGGCUCCGAGCACUGAGACUGCUGCACAAGAUGAUGAAGAAGAGCUCGCCCUGGCAGCAUCAGCGGAAGGACCGGAGACCGAAGAGACAGAGACAACAGCUGACGUGGUUUCUGACGUUGCAGCUGACGUGGCGGCUGAUGUUGCGGCUGAGGUGGCGGCUGACGUGGUUGCUGAUGUGGCGGCUGAUGUGGCGGCUGACGUGGUGGCUGAUGUGGCGGCUGAUGUUGCGGCUGAGGUGGCGGCCGACGUGGUUGCUGAUGAGGCGGCUGAUGUGGCGGCUGACGUUGCAGCUGACGUGGUUGCUGAUGAGGCGGCCGACGUGAAGUCUGACGUGGCGGCUGCGGCAGAUGAUUCAGCACAAGACAAAGAGGCCAACACAUCCGUACCUGAGCCCACACCUGAUGCCGCUGCAGAGGAGGCGGCACCGCCAGAGGUCCUGAAACCUGUGCUCCCUGAGCUCCAGAGGGUCAGCGUGGUUCUCGUGGACCUGAAGAAAACACACCAAGAGGUUCUCGGGGAGGCAGCAGCUGUGGAAGCCAAGGUAUCUGUGGAGGAACCUUCUGCUGACGGAGAAGAGGAGCAGAGGGAAGAAAAUAAAGAGGAAGAGGCAGUGCAAGAGGAGGACAGUCAGGCUUCUCCGGUCAAAGAGCCGGAGGCGAUGGGAGAGGAGGAGGAGAAGAAAGAAGAAGUCCCAACAAAAGAAACACAGGAGGAGGAGACGGCUAAAGACGACGACGAGGAGGAAGUCACUGUGACUGAAACCAGAGGGAAGAAGAGAGGAAGGAAGCCUAAAGUCAAAGCCAAACCAAGACCCAGAUCAACCAGAGCACAACAGACGAAGCAUGAAGAGGAGGAGGAGGAGGAGGAAGAGGAGGAAGAGGAACCAGAAGUCAGAGUCCGAGUUCUCCGGGGGGGAAGGAAGUCCAUCAGUGUCGUAAAGACAAAGACACCCAAAAAAACACAGCGUAAGGAGGAAGAGGAGGAGGAAGUAAAAGAAGAGGAGGAAUCUACAACAGCAGAGGAGGAGGAGGUAAAGGAAGAGAAGGAACAAGCAGAGGAGGAGAAGCCAGACGAUGAGGACGCAACUCAACAAGCAGAACCUGAGAAGGACACAUCAGAGGAGGCUGUCCCACAACAAGACGCUGCAGAGGAGGGACCAGCUGACGGCGCUGAAGCAGGAGGAGAAGGAAAGGAAGAGGAGGAGGGAAAGGACUCCAAAGAGGUUUCCACUGAAGCUCCAGUCCAGGAGGAGCAGACCGGGGGAGCUGAGGAGACGGCUCCAGAGACUCAGCUCACUGGGACAGAGGACGAGGCCAAAGAGGAGGAAGAGGUUCCAGUCGUUAAGACAAGAGCUCUGCGGAGUGGAGGAAAGACGGUGAGGGUGUCACCCAGAAAGAGCAAACGACAAGAUGAAGAGCAAGAAGGAGAGGAACCUGCUGAGAAGACCAGAGCUCUGAGGAAGGGAAGAAGGUCUGCUCCUGUUUCACCCAGACGCAAAUCCAAAAGAGCCAGAACACAGGAGGACGCAGAGGAAGAGGAGGACGUGGAGGCUGCAGCAGAGGAGGCAGAGGCAGUCCAGGAAGAAGCUGCAGAAACAGAGGAGAAGAACGAAGGAGCAGCUGCAGAAACAGAGGAGAAGAAUGAAGGAGAGGCUGCAGAAACGGAGGAGAAGAAUGAAGGAGAGGCUGCAGCUCAGGAAGAUGAAGCAGAACCAGAGGCUGAGGUGGAAAAAGUCAAAGCUGUAGAAGAAGAGGCGACCACAGAACAAGAGACUGAGGCUGUUACAGAAGACAAGGAGGAGACUCCUGCUGAGGAGACACCUGCCAAGGAGGCUGCAGACGAAACAUCUGCAGAGGAGACAUCGGCCAAGGAGACUGCAGAGGAGACAUCUGCUGAGGAGACUCCUGCAGAGGAAACAACAACCAAGGUGGCUGCAGAAGAGACACCUGCAGAGGAGACUCCUGCUGAGGAGACACCUGCCAAGGAGGCUGCAGAGGAGACUACAACCGAGGUGGCUGCAGAGGAGACACCUGCAGAGGAGACUCCUGCUGAGGAGGCUGCAGAGGAGACUACACCCGAGGUAGCUGCGGAGGAGACUCCUGCUGCGGAGGCUGCAGAGGAGACUCCUGCUGAGGAGGCUGCAGAUGAGACUCCUGCUGCAGACGAGGAACCACCAACUGUGGAAACCAGAGUUCUGAGAGGUGGAGAAAAGACCGUGAGGACUUCACCACGCAAAACCACCAAAGGACACGAUGAUGGAGAGGCAGCUGCAGAAACGAGAGGUAAGAGAAAGGGGAAACGGUCUGCUGCAACGACUACACGUAAAUCCAAAAGAACCAGGACCCAGAAUGAGCCUGAGGAAGAGGAGGAGGAAGAGGAAUCUGCUCCAGCUGGAGAGAUGAAAGCAGAGGAAACAAAAGCUGAGGAGAAAACAGAAGAAAAGGAGGAUGACCAAGCCGCAGCUCAAGAAGAAGAAACCACAGAGCCAGAAGCUGAGAAAGGAGAAGCUGCAGCAGAGGACGAGACCCCGGCUGUCUCAGACGGACCGGAGGACGCUCCUGUAGAGGAAAGUCCUGCAGACACACCGAGCGCAGAUGGAGGACAAGUUCCUGAGGAAGAGGAGACUGAGACUGAGGAACCUGUAGUCGAGACAAGGGUUCUGAGGCGGGGAAGGAAGUCUGCGCCUGCUCCUCCAAGACGCAAAUCCAAGAGAGCACGUACAAAGGCUCAGCCGGAGGAGGAGGAAGAGGCUGAAGAAGAGGAAGCAGAGGCUUUACCCAAGGAGAAAGAAGAGGCUGAGGAGAAGAUGGACGCUGCGGAGGAGAACGUUGAGAGUGUGGCUGAGGAAGAGGACGACACCAUCGAGACUCCAGCAGCUGAAGUGGAGGAAGAGAAGAAAUCUACAGAAUCAGACACCGCUGACCAAGAGGCACUCGCUGAAGACGAGUCUGUGGAGGAAGAUAAAGAAGCUCCAGCACCAGCAGAGGAAACAUCCCCUCCUGAACAAGAUGUAGACACACCAACCGAGGAAACAGCUGAUCUAACGGACGACAAAAAGGAGGAAGAAGAACCAGAACCAGAGAAAUCACCAGAGGAAGAGCCGGCAGAGAGCAAAGAAGAAGAACCUUCAGUGGUGGAAGGCAAGAGUCCCCUAAAGAGGAAGAAGACCACUCUUGAGGAAAAGAAGGAGAAAGCUAAAGCACGCAGAGCGCUGAAACGGAGAUCCAGGCGGAGGAGACCAAAAGUGGAUUACACAGAAGAAGAAGUAGAGGAGCCUUCAUCCGAGACAACCACAGACGAAGAGGAAGGGGAUGAAGUGGAGUCAAGUGAGGAGAAUGACAAGACAGUCCCAUCCUCCGGGGAUGAAUCAGCAGAAGACGAAAGCAGCGGAGAAGAAUACGGUCAGAAGAGCAGUGGGAAGAAGAAGAAGAAAAGCGUCCUCAAGCUGGUGUUAGACGAAGACGCAGAGGAAGAGGAGGAGGACAAGAAGAAGAAGGCUGAGUCCUCUGGGGAUGAAUCCUCAGAUAGCCAAAGCAGCGGAGAAGAAUACGUUCAGAGGGGCAGCGGGAAGAAGAAACGAGUCCCCAAACCGACGUCAGGCGCAGACGAAGAGGAGGAGAGUGUGUCAGAGGAAGAGGCGGAGCCUGUAGUGAUUGGAAACAGGAGCCUCAGAGGAAGAGUAAUUCCUUCAGUCACCGUCACACCCAGACACAGCGGGGGGAAAGCUAAACAAGAGGAGAGAGCGCAGCCGGUGCCGAGGAGCAGUCCCCGCAAGAGGAAGGGCGAGGAGCCCACACCAGCCCGCAAAUCAAAGCGUCUCAGCCGAGUGUAGAGGACCGCAGCCCGGUCUCACGGUCUCACGGUCUCACACCACCAUAUGAUAGAUGUUAGAAUCAUGGCCCCGGACUGGACUUACCUUCUCAUGUCGGUCAGCACACUUUACAAACUCAGUGACUGUAACUGGAAGCUUCAGUGGAGGCAGAGCGGCCUUCAGAGCUGUCUCUGUACGAGCUCCUUCUCAUCCCCGCAGGAGGACCUUUAAACGUCUCGUCUGAACUCAAACUGAGGACAGAGCUUCACGUCCACACCUUAGAGAGUGAGGACUUCUGUAGACACACGUCACAGAAGAGAAGCUGGAGAUCUUGUGAAUUAAGUCGUCAUAUUUCAAGAAUAAAUGAUCCGAGUCUUACGGAAUAUAAAGUCAUAAAUUAGAGUACAGUAAAGCUGUGAGGGUUCAGGUUUUUAUGAAGCACUUACUGAAGACUAGCAUGAUCCUUGUUCUAGUGCAGGCUGCUCUUUCAAAGUUAGGAUCCUCAUAAAACUAUUAUGACCCUACAAAAGCAAACAAGACAAACUGAACCUGAUGGUUUUCAUUUUAAAGCUCCUGUGAGGAACUCUGUUUGUGUAGAUUUUGGCUCCCCCCUGUGGACAGACUGACACCUCUUGUAUCUCUGCUGAUCUUGGCCUGUUCAUGUGUUUGCAGCAUUUUGUGAAAGAAAGUCAUCCAGCUUUUCUCCAGCAGUCGCUCUCCAUGAAUAUUUGAUGUGGUUUUUCAUCACGUGGCCUCGUCUGAGACCUGCCCCCCCUCACAGCAGGGCCGAGAUGAUGAGACAGAAACAGACGCUCUUUAUGCUCAUGAGCUGUUUCGUAUUCAGCAUCACUUUUAAUUUCAGUGGGUUUCAUAGCAAGUAGGGAUGGGCAUCUCAAGCCAAAAUACUAUUUGAUAACCAUUGGCAUCUAUUAGAUGAUUAUUCGUCUGCCUCCAUCUUUAUGUUGGUGUUUCUGUGAAGCAGCGUGGUGUGUGUGUUUACAUUUUACAGCCAUGCUCAGUCUCUGGAAAUAUGUGUGUAGCAAGCGGGAACCUUCAGUCUAAAAAUAUGAGUCCAAUUUAUAACGCGACAAUUUUAAUGAUAUUGAGAUUACGAGUCUUCCAAUGAGAGGCACAGCUGACUCUGUAGCUGUUAGCGAGGAGGCUCAAAGCCCGCCUCUUUACCUCACUACCUCA